AUGGUCACUCAAUACCUCAUCUUCUUCCUUCUCCUCUCUUCCUAUACACUCACCUCUGUCUCCACAGAAGAAACCGGUUUCGUGCGUUCACUAGACCGCGAGAUGAUGGGCAUGGAAAAGAAAAAAAACUUCAGCCAGUUCAGAUUCUAUUGGCAAGACAUCGUUGUUGGAAACAACGUUACCUCAGUUGCAAUUGUUCCACCACUUCCUAAGUAUAACCCUGUCAAUGCCUUUGGUUUGGUUAGAAUCUUCGACAACGCUUUGACCUUAGGACCAGAACUAAGUUCAAAGCUUGUUGGAAGAGCUGAAGGGUUUUAUGCAUCUACAUCACCGACACAGCUUGAUUUUCUUGUGGUUAUGAGCUUUGCCUUGUUCGAAGGUAGGUACAAUGGUAGCAGCAUCACCAUCGCGGGAAGGGACGUUGUUUCUAAUACGGUUAGGGAGAUGCCUGUGAUUGGUGGAAGUGGUGUUUUUAGGUUUUCUACGGGAUAUGCUGAAGCUAGGACUCACUUCUUUGAUCCUAAAACUGAUAAUGCUGUUCUUGAGUUCAACGUUUAUGUUUUCCAUUAUUGA